AUGCUUCUGUAUACUCUCAUGCUUUUGUGUCUUAUUCAAUCGAUCAAUUCUUCCAUUCGAACGAUUGAUGAUUGUCAAUUAUUAAUCGUUGGUGGAACAACAUCUGCUCUGGGAGCAAUUUUGUCAGCUUCGAAAUUUAUAAAAGGAAAUGCAUGCGUACUUGAACCAACCGAUUGGAUUGGUGGACAAUUAACAGCUGAAUUAUUGAGUGCACCAGAUUUUGCCGGACAGGUAUUGAGAGACAAAGAUACAAACUUUACUUUGGAUGUCGGUUCGAUCGAUCGACAAAUGGACAAUCAAAAUCCUCUCUUUGCCAAAAUGCUUUCUGUCCUAGGCGAUACAGGUCGAUGCUGGGUGUCACCGAAAUGCUCCAUUCCAAACUUGUUUCAUUCAGAAGCAAUCGUGCCAGAAUUGAAUAACACACGUAUAUUUUAUAAUACAGUCAUUAAACGCAUCGAUAAAGAUGCAAGUGGUCGUCGAAUUAUUCAAAUUGAGGCUAUUCAACGCACACCAAUUCAAUCAUCAACUGAACGGUGUCGAUUUUUGUCGGAAGAACUACCCGAUUGGUACUCACCAACGGACAGUGCAUGGUUUACGAAGACUCAAUUAUCAUUUACGAACAUAGCAUACGUAAUGGAUGGCAGUUCAUGGGGUGAGGCAUUAGUUUUAUCAAAUGCAAGUUAUCUGCAAGGUGUGAUGGAACGUUUCGAUGGCGAUACAUCAGGUAUUGGCGAUUCGACGUGUGGACAAGCGUUUACAAUCGAUUUUCUUCAACAAUUACGCGAAACACCUACUGAUGAACCACCCAAUCCGUUGCCUGAACCAACCGGAGGAGCAAAUUAUACAUUUGAAUCUUUAACAUGGGAACGUAUAUGGACGUAUCGGCGAGUCAACACGUCUGCACCUAAUGCAAAUAUUGUCGCUGCUAAUGAUAUAACAAUACAAAAUUGGGCAGGUGGAAAUGAUUAUAAAAAAGAAUUCUUUUUUCUUUCUCUAUCGGAUACACAACAUCAACGAGAUACAAAUCAAUGGCAAGGUGGUGUGAAUCUAGAUGCUAUUCAGAAUGCAGAACGAGAAGCUUAUGGGUAUCAUUACUGGUAUCGAAAUAAUUCACCUCCUCAAUGGACUAAUCGAACUGUACUUGUACGUUCAGUUUCUGCAACAGGCACAUGCCAUGGCCUAGCAAAAAUGCCCUAUCUAAGAGAAUCACGUCGAUCAAUUGGUGUCGGAGAUUUUCUUAUGAAUAUUACCACUAUCAGCGGACAUGCACGUGAUUUACAUGGAUAUAUUUUCGAAGAUCGUUUAUGUAUUGGUACUUAUAACGCUGAUAUACAUCCAAUGCAUUGUAAUUAUUCGUCGUACAUAAAAGAACAAUAUCCUAUUUUACCUUUUUACAUACCCUUACGAGCCAUGACAAAUCGUGACAUAGAUAAUUUGAUAGUAAUUGGUAAGACCAUGGCACAAUCAUUUUUAGUGAAUUCAGCAACUCGUCUACACCCGAUAGAAUUCUCUAUUGGGCAAGCAGCUGGUGUAGUUGGAGUGUAUGCUGUGCAGAACAAGCUAUCAAAGGUUGCUGACAUGCUCGAAGAAGACCAUUUAAAACGUGUACAAACUUUGGUGAAAAUACUUACGCCAGCAUCAUGGACAAUCAAUGGAACACGAUAUCCCGAUGAUUAG